AUGAAUAGCGUAGGAGCAUCCGUAAGCCAGUCGGCGUCGCAGGACGACGGCCAGAAGAAGAUUCGGAAGCCGUAUACGAUCACCAAGUCUAGGGAGAGCUGGACAGAGCAGGAGCAUGACAAAUUCCUAGAAGCCUUGCAGCUAUUUGACCGGGACUGGAAGAAGAUAGAGUCAUUCGUCGGAACCAAAUCGGUGAUUCAGAUUAGGAGCCACGCGCAGAAGUACUUUCUUAAGGUUCAGAAGAACGGCACGGGAGAGCACGUACCCCCGCCGAGGCCGAAGCGUAAAUCCACGCAGCCGUACCCUCAGAAGGCCAGCAGCUCAAAAUCAGGAGCAUGCGGCGACGCAGGACCCAAUUUUCCAGGCGGGGGACUGCCGGGUCCGCUCCCCUCCCCGUUCCCGCCAGGAGCGCUGAUCCCCUCCGCGUCCGCCGCGAGCCUGGCGUCGCCGUCCUCCUCCACCCCGUCCGCCAUGGCGGCAAUGAGCAUGUCGGGCCUGGGUCACGGGCUCGGCGGGUCCGUCGGCGCGUCUCUGGCGUCCCUGGGAGUGUCGGGGAGUCAUGGCGACGCGGCGGCAGCGGCGGCGGCGGGGGGCGCGGGGAUGGCGGGAUUGGCGGGGAUGGGGCCGGUGGCGGGGAUGGCGGGGAUGGGGGGAAUGGGGGGAAUGGCGGGGAUCACGGGGAUGACGGGGAUGGCGGGAAUGACGGCUAUGGCGGGGAUGGCGGGGACGAGUGGGUGGAUGCACCACGGCAUGCAUCCGCCGGGAGCCGUUUCGCUUGCUGGCAGAGCAACCCCGGAUUUCGCGGAGGUGUAUCGGUUCAUAGGGCUCGUGUUCGACCCGUCCACGUCGGGCCACCUCGCGCACCUCAAGGCCAUGGCGCCCAUCGACCGCGAAACUGUGCUCCUGCUCAUGCGAAACCUCUCAAUGAACCUCGCCAACCCCGAGUUUCAGCAGCAUGUGGAGGAAGGCAGAGGGGAGGCGGGCAGAGGGGAGGCGGGCAGAGGGGAGACGGGCAGAGCGGAGACGGGCAGGGUGGGGGAGAGCAGGGAGGGUGCAGAUGCUACAGCUGCUUCUCGAGAGGCUGCAGUGGAGCGAGCAGCAGAGGGGGGUGGGGCAGUGCGAAUGGAGGUGGAAGGAGGAGAGGCGAGGCGGCCAGGUGAUGGAGAGGAACUAGUUGACGGAGUCAAUGGGGUCAACGCAGUUAAUGGUGUCGCAGAGGUGCAACAGCUGCAUGAUGCGCGCACCAGCCCAGCUGGUGCUGACGAUGCAAGCGGCGCUGGUGCUGCUGAUGGUUGUGCUGGUGGUGGCGCUGGUGGUGCUGGUGGUGGUGGUGCUGGUGGUGCUGAUGCCUGUGGUGGUGGUGGUGCUGGUGGUGCUGCUACCUGUGGUGGUGGUGGUGCUGGUGGUGCUGCUACCUGUGGUGGUGGUGCGGCUGCUGAGUCACAUAAGAGAGAUGUGGCUGGAGAGGCAGCAACCGAUGCAGGGGAACAACGGGGUGCCUUGUCAACCCUGUCAGGACUCCGGAGUCAACCAGCCUUCUCCUCAUUGCCUCGCUCCCAGUCGUCCCCUGCGCCCACCACCGCCUCUGGCCCACUCUCCGCUUCUCACCCCGACCAUCUCCUUCCCCACAACCACCAGGCGCUGCUCACAGCCAUGCGCGGAGGCGCUAGCAGCCUAGGGGGGGGUGACGUGCCCCGCGCCACAAUAGGAGGAGACCUGCCCAGCAGCAUGCGGGGCCAUGUUUCCCGUGGGGUAGGAGUGGGGGGAGAGAUGGGUCUGGGGGGCGGGGCGGAUGUGGAGGAGCUCUUCAUCAUGUCCCACAUGAUGUCUGCCUGGCCGGGCUUUUCCGGGUCCGGAUUCUCUGGGUUCGACCUGCCUGAGGAUGUCAAGCCGGCUAGUGGUGGGCGUGUAGCAGGCGAAGGCACGGCUGCUGAUGCCUCAGGCUCUGCUGGUGGGAACGCUGCUGCUGCUGGUAAUGGCUCUGCUGUUGCUGCUGCUGCUGCUGCUGCUGCUGGUGCUGGUAAUGGCACUCUUGGUGCUGGCUUUGGCACUGGUGGUGCUGGUGCAUGGCUCAUGAACGGCACAGCUGGCCCGAGCGGUCUAGGCAGGAUGACUGAGUUGACCGAGUUGACUGGGCUGACUGGCAUGGCUGGGCUCAACGCCUUUGGUGCCUGGCCAGGUAUGGCAGGCAUGGCCGGAGCAGCUGUGGGCUCGGCAGCAGGCGCGGUAUCCGAGGCAGGAGCUGAGGCAGCAGGUUCGGCAGCAAGGUCAGCGAGUGGGUUGGGGGCAGGCGUGGGUGGUGGUGGUGCAGGGAAGGGAGUGGGUGCGAGCACAGAUGCCGAGGUGCUGGCGCUGACAGCGGCUGUUGCAGCACGAGCAGCAGGGACAGGCAGCAGCGGUUAG